AGCCGCCGCCGCAGCAGGGAACGGGGCCGGGGGGGAGGGGGGCAGCCGCGGACGCGCGCGGCCGAGGACUUUGCAACUUGCCGGGGAAGGUGGAGGGGCGGGAGGGGGAGGGGCGCCCGCGCAGGAGACCAAGCGCCCAGCCCCGCCGCGGACCAUGGUGCAGCAGGCCGAGAGCUCGGAAGCCGAGAGCAACCUGCCCCGGGACGCGCUGGACACCGAGGAGGGCGAGUUCAUGGCGUGCAGCCCGGUGGCCCUGGACGAGAGCGACCCGGACUGGUGCAAGACGGCGUCGGGCCACAUCAAGCGGCCCAUGAACGCCUUCAUGGUGUGGUCCAAGAUCGAGCGCAGGAAGAUCAUGGAGCAGUCGCCCGACAUGCACAACGCCGAGAUCUCCAAGAGGCUGGGCAAGCGCUGGAAGAUGCUGAAGGACAGCGAGAAGAUCCCGUUCAUCCGGGAGGCGGAGCGCCUGCGCCUCAAGCACAUGGCUGACUACCCCGACUACAAGUACCGGCCGCGCAAAAAGCCCAAGACGGACCCGGCGGCCAAGCCCAGCGCGGGCCAGAGCCCCGACAAGAGCGCAGCGGGCGCCAAGGCGGCCAAGGGCCCAGGCAAGAAGUGCGCCAAGCUGAAGGCGCCGGCGGGCAAGGCGGGCGCGGGCAAGGCGGUGCAGCCCGGAGACUGCGGCGCGGGCAAGGCGGCCAAGUGCGUCUUUCUGGACGACGACGACGAAGAAGACGACGAGGACGACGAGCUGCAGCUGCGGCCCAAGCCGGACGCGGACGACGACGACGACGAGCCCGCGCACUCGCACCUGCUGCCGCCUCCGGCGCAGCAGCAGCCACCGCAGCUGCUGAGGCGCUACAGCGUGGCCAAGGUCCCCGCCAGCCCCACGCUCAGCAGCGCGGCCGAGUCCCCCGAGGGCGCCAGCCUGUACGACGAGGUGCGCGCGGGCGGCCGGCUGUACUACAGCUUCAAGAACAUCACCAAGCAGCAGCCUCCGCCCGCGCCUCCCGCUCUGUCGCCCGCGUCCUCGCGCUGCGUGUCCACCUCCUCCUCCAGCGGCAGCAGCAGUGGCAGCGGCGCCGAGGACGCCGACGACCUCAUGUUCGACCUGAGCUUGAAUUUCUCCCAGGGCGCGCACAGCGCCUGCGAGCAGCCUCUGGGCGCGGGCGCGGCGGGGAACCUGUCCCUGUCGCUGGUGGAUAAGGACCUGGAUUCCUUCAGCGAGGGCAGCCUGGGCUCCCACUUCGAAUUCCCCGACUACUGCACGCCGGAGCUGAGCGAGAUGAUCGCGGGGGACUGGCUGGAGGCGAACUUCUCCGACCUGGUGUUCACGUAUUGAAGGGGCACAGGGCUCCUCGGGAGGCAGUCGUGGCGGUCAGGAUAAAGAGGAUGGUGGGAGGGGGGAGGGGGAGAAGAUGCUCAUGGUCAGAGAUGUGGCGCAGAGAAAUUGGAAAAGGUGGUGAAAUGUUGGUGGAGUUAAAGUGAAAUGAGUAGUUUUAAAGAGAUUUUUCCAGGUUUUUUUAAAAAAAAAAUUUUUUUAAAAUUUUUUUGGUCUCCCCACCCUUCCCUUCCUUUAUCGUGUCUCAAGGUAGCUGCAUACCUAGUCUGGAGUUGUGAUUUCCCCCACCCCUAAGAAAACGUGUUUUGUAAUUUUUAUUUCUUUUUCCUGAAAUUCGUGAUUGCAACAAAGGCGGAGGGGACCGGGCGGGGGGAGGGGAGGAGGUCCCGCUCCGGAAGGCGCUGUUUGAAGCUUGUGGCUUUUUGAAGUCUGAGAGACGUCGGCAGAGGACCCUUUUGGCGGCACAACUGUUACUCUAGGGAGUUGAUUUUUUUUUUCUUAAGAGAUCUAAAAAAGAACUGGUGAUUAAAAAACAACAACACAAAAAGGGACCAUUGCAACCUUUUUAUUUUAAUUUUACUUUUUUGGAGGGAGAAAGCUGAUGUCUUCUAUGCAUCCAAUUUCUCAAACUGCAGGGAGCUUGAAAAAAUGCAGUCUGUACAAACGCUUACAAAAAAUCAUAACUGUGAACUGACUUAAGAGCAGAGUUUACUUUUUCAGAUCAAAUUGUUUAUGGUUUUACAAAUGUGAUUUCUACUUGGCAACCUUUUUUUGGUAACCGUUCCCUUAUACCUCCUUGAUUGAAUACCUUACAGCCUAGACCUCAGUACAAAAAGGUAUUGAAACAUUUUUGAUACAUAACAGACCUCAAUCUUUUUUAAAAAUUAAUAUAUUUUCAGGCGUAUUUUUGUACAGUGAAAAGGGAACAAUCUUGCUGUGUUUUUUCAGUAAGACUUUCAGGCACUUCUUCCCUUUUGAUUUCUUUUUCUUUUCCUUUUAUUUUUUUUCUUUUUUGUUUGUUUUUUUUAGCAUGCAAAUAUGUUGGUACGUUAUGUCCUGGUUUAAAGGAUUAAAAAUUUUAAAAGUAAUCCUUGCAUCUAAAGGCCUUGUGGUUAAAAAAAAAAGCAAACUUUUUUGUACAGCUAUAGUAGAGAUUUGUUCAAUAUUUGUAGGUAAAGAUUUAUUGAAAAUGGUGACAUAGACCUCAGAGCUGUUCUUAGUUUGAGACUGUAUGUACUGUACCAUAGUAGGACCCAUGUAUCUCAUCGCUGUGAUGUGUGGACGGGGCCCCAGACAGAAGGUUUGAAACUGGAUUCUCGAUUUUUAGCAAAAAAGAAAAAGGAAAGGCACAUAGUUUUAAAUUUUCUCAUUUUGUGCAAUAUAAUCUAAAUAAACAGACCAUUGCAUAUUUAGUAGCAAAUGGUGGCGAAGCAGACUCAACGCACUGUCGACAUCACCGCCCGAGUUUUUGUGAGUGUAUGAGUGUGUGCGUGUGCGCGCGCGUGCUGAAGCCUGUGUCUUGAUUUUAAUAAAUCAGCAGGAACUGAUAGAAGCUCGCAUGGCCCAUAGUCUUAGUCUACCCGGGGACCGCGUGGUCUCAGCGGCUGCGGGUGGCGGAGGGCGGAUUCCGCUUGUGGAACCCUUAGGCUGGCGUGUAGUGGGCAGGCCCGGUGUCCUCCCACCUCACCCCGCCCUACAUCUCCACCCCCGCCGCGGGCUGCGCGAGAGUCCGUGCGUGGUGGGGCCGAGGCUGGUGUCCACAGGGCUAGUCCCCCCCACCACCGCUUUUUCGGAUUUUUUUGUUAAUUUUUCUUUCCUUUUAAACCUUUUUUUUCUUCCCCCAACCCCCCGCCGCAUCCCUGCGUGCGCGCUCAUUCGGAUGCGAGUGAAGAGGGCCGCGCCCUUCAGUGUCCACGCGGGUGGGGCACGAGGAAAGCAAACGCGCCCGAUGCCUCUUCCACAGUGGGUGGUUCGUGGCUUUGGAGUCUUGAUGGAACAUCUGCCUCCCGGGGCCCAGGCCAGUCCUACCUCCCCCCACCCCAGCCCUGUCCCUUGUGGGGUCCCGUGCAAGCCCAACUCCCCGGGGCCGCGGCGCCCGCGACCGAGGAGCCGUUCAGCGGUACCCAACAACCCGACUCUAGACCCACAGAAACCGUUACUUGGGCGCUGGCCGCGGGGACUUGGCCAGCUGGGAUCCAGGUCCGGGCCCCACGCGAGUCGCACACUGCAGGUGGAGACCUGGUAGCCACCGAGCGGCGCGAUCGCACAGCGCGCGUGGGUGGUGGCGGGGGCGGCGUAGCUUUUCCGGGCUCUUCUCGCUCACCCCUCCUCCAUGGCGUGCUGGUGUGGGCCACGCGGAGACCUUUAAACCGCGAAUAAUCCCACCAGCGGUUUACCGGGGGAGGGGGGGGGCGGUUUCUGAAGCUUAAGGAAAAGGCAUUCUGAGUGUCUUGAGAUCUUUACAUUUGCAUGUGUUUCCUGUUUUCCACCGGGCGUUUUCUGUGGUAAGGGAAUUAGAAAGGUGUGAGGAUUUGGUCACAGAAUGGAAACAUAGCUGUGAUUUGUAUUUUAAAACUAUGUGGCCGGUUUUUUGGCAGGAAAAUAAGAGACAAGUCCUUGGUUGGCGAUCGUAAAAAAAAAAAAAAAAAUUUUUUUAAACCCUGUUAGAACUCAGGACAGGCGCUUAAAUGCGCGCUCUUAAUAUUUAAAGCAGUUUAGACGAAUGCGUUGGGAAGAUCAUUCCCAAUGAACUCUUUAUUGAAUGUCUAAUACACAAGGUAUUCCUGCCACUGGCUAGGCUUCGAUAAAAGUUUAGCUGCAUUUUUCCCCCUCCUGAGUAAGUCUUAUUUUUAACUGAGCAUUGACAGUAUCUUAAAAUGGUAACGUGGGCGUGGGCGUUGUAUGCACAGCAGUCUAGCCAGUUGGGUACCCUGCCCCUUAACUAGUUCACAGACUCGUGCAUCUUUGGCGAGAUUUCCAUCUUCGAAGGAAAAAAAAAAAAUACCUGAACCAGCGUUCUCUUAUUAAUUCUUUAAGCUGUGGAAAUAAUUUCCAGUUUCUACAUUCUCGAUAAUGCACCCUUUUUAUUAAAAAGAAACAAUACGAAUGAAAGGCAGUGUGCUUCAAGUGUGCUUUGCAAAUCCGUGUUAUGAAUGGCUACGGUCACUGGGUAAAUUAUUUGUAGAAUGACUAGCCUUUAGCUAGGGGAAAAAGAAAAUCUUUGCAGCUCUUUUGGGCCUGGAUGGUUUUUUUUAAUGUUAAUGGAGGGGAAGUGAUUUAAAUAUGCAUGCUAGUAGCAGUCAGGAUCUGACUUAGUUGUUUUGAGAGAAGAAAAAUCAAAAGGCAAGGUCUACUUUUUCUCUGGGAAUUGAAACCACCAUCAUCUUGAUACUUGGAUGGUGUAAGAAAUGGACAUUUGUUCUUCACUUCAGAAUUCAAAUGAGUUUUUGCCCUGGGAAAUGAGGCAAAUAAGUUGCUCAAUUUUCAAGUAGUCAUUGGAUAGAAAGAGAUUCCCAUCCCUCAGCUUUUUUCUUCUCUGAUGGGGUAUUAUGUAUAUUCUCACCGUUUUCUCCUAAGGGGCAUAUGUAUCUUUGUGGACACUUGGAAGAGAGGAUUUUCUUGUACUCUCUCGUUUCUAGAAUCUUUAUACUCUUUUUCCUGCGAGGUUCUCUGCUUUUAACAGAUUUCUGAGGCAACUAUAUUUGUGCUUUCUUUCUUACGUAGGAAGACCAGCGAAAAUAGCUUACUGAGUUGUCAAUUUUAUCAGUAGAUAAGAAACUUUGUUUAUUACAGUUUCAGGGAAGGUUUUUCAGGAUAUUUCUCAGUUAUUCUAAGGGCCAAAUUUUAUAAAAAUCUCCAUUAGGAAUGUCAGUUUCAGAUACCCUUUGUAUAGCCUAUGGCCUGUGAGGACAACAAGACUGAGCCUUACAUGUGUCCGAACAGGAAUUCAUAAGUCCCCAAAGUAAACGUCUCCAUGUAGCGACUCUUGACGCGUUUCCUGAGCGUUGACUUAUUUUAAUUAUUGAUUCUUUCUCACUGUCCCAUUCUAGUUGAUUGAUUCUGCCAUAUCCCUUGGUUUUUGAUGAUCUCGACACUUUUUUUUUUUUGCUCUUUGGUAAACGACUCAGGUUUUGUUUAUGGGUUUUAAUGCCCCCCUUUGUGUGAUGCUUACAUCUUCAAGCGCAGUAAUGUACUGAAGCCAAGCUCACUUUUCCACUUCCUUACGGCUGACUCCUUUUCUUCCCCCAGCUCCUCACAUACCUUCAUAUUUUUUUUCCCAUCGUCGUAUUUUCUUUGACACUACCUAGAUGCGUUAGCUGCCUGAUUACGUCAUCUACACCAUGUGGGUGCGGUGAGUUUAUAAGAGAAUUUCACAAACAAGUAGUUUUUUAGUGAACUUAAAGCAGAAUUUUAAAGGAGACCUAUUUUUAUACUCAAUAAAAGCACAAAAGUGCAUAGAGCUUAGCAUGGCGUACAAAGGGAAAUCCGCUCAUAACGUUCCAUGUAUGAAAGUAAUAAUUUUCUUGGAUAGCGAUAUUCUUUGAAGACCCAGUGCCUCUCUGCCUGUGCAUAGACAGGAUGGUUUCCACACACUGGGAACUUCCGGUUGCCGGCACUUGACACACACACACUUCAUCAGAGCCACCAUGAGCAAUAGGCAGGAGCUGCCAUGUGCUUCCUGAUGGCGAGCAGCUGGCCACUGGGCAACCUGGCUGUGUACACGCGGAGGCUCCAGUCUUUCUGUUUGAUCAAACUUCUUUUAUGUGGUCGUGUAGACUCCAUUUUUCUCUUCUGUGAAAAAUGACAAAAUAAAGCAAUAUGGCGAGUUUGGAAAUACAUUUGAAAGGAUAGAAUUUCCUCCAGGGUCCUCAAAGAGGUUUUUUUUUGUUGUUGGUGGUGGUUUGUUUGUUUAGUUGGGUUUUUUUUUCUUUUCUUUUUUAAUGUGACACUUAUUUUAGGAGGCACAUUGCAUUCCCCCUUCAAAAACAGAAUGACUGGAAAUAAUCAAAAUAUAGCGUGGAAAAAAAAAGAAUUUUGAUCAAAUGGAUUUUGACAAAGGGCCCUCGAUCCCAUUUUUCUUCACCCAGCUUGUGUUCAAAAUCUGUAUGCCUCGUCCCCUGAAUCACAGGGAGAAGCGUCCUGGGCCAUUGUCACGGACUCCCCACUUUGUCUACUUUUGCUCCUGUACAUAAUGUUGUGGGUAUCAGUCUUUCCCAUUUGUUCUGUGACAACCUUUGUUUAAAUGGACUGUUUUGAAAUGGAGGCCUGUGUCUCGAGUAUGGGACACCUAGUGGUCGUGGUGUCCCAUCCCAUAGUGCUUUGGGCCAGCUGGGACAGAGCCACCUGAAGUCUGAGGGAAGUUAUUAGCAUGACACCUUGAACAAGUGUUUUGUUUUUGUUUUCCAAGGCCGAGAGAAAAAAAAAAAAACAACUUUCACAGCCACUCCAGGUUUUGGGGAGGACUAGCUGGAAAGCCCUUUUGUUUAGAAGUCUGAGUGGGUUGUGGGGGGACCUUUUAUAGAGUUUGCAUGCCAGCGCAGAACCUGUUGCUGUCAGACAGAGAGAGGGAGGAGCUACCUGAGGCAGUGCGCUGGGGGACCGUGUAAGUGUCCCAUAGCACUAGGGAAGCAAAUGCAUGGCGAAAUCAUGUCUUCUGGUAGAGGUUAUCUAGCAUGCAGAGUGUAGUGUGUUGAAACUGUAUGACGUUGCUGUAUCAAAGUUGUAAAAUUAAGCAUUAUUUAUUGAAAACUAUGUAUUUUUUUGUAAAAACCUGAUCACACAGAGUAUCAGUGGCUUGUGCUUUGUGCUUCAAUCCAACCAGCUUCGUGACCGCCCUCCUUGGAACGCAGUGUUAAAUGCUCAGGGUUGAAUCCAUACACUCCAAUGUCUCUUUCGCAGGAGUUUUUCACAGAGGAACACAUUUGUUCAAAAGACCAAUAAAAUCGUGUGAUCAAUCUCCACAUGUGGCUUUUAUGUGACUUUUUUUUAUUUUGAUUUUUUUUUCCCCAUUCUGCAUUGGGUAACUACUGUGUGACUCCUAAAAGUGUUGUCUCGAAGCUGAGAGAUUUGAAACGUCCUGGUGUCUCAGCAUCCAGCCGGGACCUACAGCCUGGGCAGGACUGGGGCCCUCAGGAAGUGAUGCUUUGGGCAGUCUGGCGAGCUGCCCGCAGUGGACGAAGCAUGGUGAUGGUGUCUUGAUAUUUUUAACUGGCCAAUAGAGUGGAUUAAGAGCCUAGGCCGAGACUAGAGGGGUAGGUUAGCCUGUGUGUCCGCUGUAGAAGAUGAAGGGGCUAUUCAGGGGCAGUUGCUGAUGUUGAAUCCAAUGCCAGCUAACUCAGCUGGCUGAGUCCAUUCCUCAGUGUCUUUUUUUUUUCUCCCCUCUAUAAACAAUUUACAGUGUAAAUGUAUUUUGACAUAGAAACCAUUCUGUAUUGAGAUUCUUGCUAUAAGAUGUUUUUAUGAAAGCCUGUAAGUGGUCCUUGCAACUAUUAUCAGAUUUUUUUAAAGAUGUGUUUACAUGGUGAGUGUUUGUUGCAUAUUAAUUAAAUUUGGUUUUGUAGAAACAUCUGUGUCGUAUCAUGACGGAUCUCCACCAGCACGGCUUACACACUCACAUGCUUGGCUCACACAGUCAUUCCUAGGUCCUUGCUUUGACUAAUGUUACCUUUAAAACACCGAAGAGUACAUCCCAGGCUCCACGUGUGGGACAGCUCUCUGGUUUUUAUUUAUGUGAAAUAUUUUUACUUCCGUAAUUGACUUUCUCAUAGUGUCUCUAUUUGGUAGGACUUGACGUUUAUUUUGAGACAGAUUGGUAGACUCUGUAGCCUUUCGUCUUAAAGUAGAUUUUAUUUAUUAUUAAACAAAUUCACUGACAUAUCUAGCUAAAUCACCAUUGAUGAGACUUUUUUUUUAACUUGUGAACAUUCUUUGCCCCGCAGAACUAGAUUGUCCUGUAGGGUGGGAGUGUGCUGGCACACCAGGAGUGUCUCCCUUCACACCACCACUGUCCCGUCUUUGAACUUGAAUGGUAGCUGCUGCGGGGAAAAUUACUCGCUCUGCCAGGAAGCAAAUAACUCCACAAGUCGAGAGGAGCUUAGUGAAUUUGAUGGAGCCAAUCCAAACUUUGACGUUGGUCAGAGCACCUGCAGUUUCAUUAGAACUGGUCCUCACGAUACCCCAGGGUCAGUGGGAGUGAAAUGAAGUCCUCAGGAACCCUUCUGCCAUGUCAUUGUUUAUUAUCUGCUAGGACCCAGUGCAAAGAGUCCAGUAACCUGUGAACACAGCUGGACUGAGUCUACGGGUCAGCAUGUAGUCAAGGUAGCACCUUUGGAAGGGGGGAUGCAGCUCAUUUGCUACUGUGCUUGCGCAACGUUCUGGGUUUGGUCCCCCAACAUCGCAUAAACCGGGCAUGGUUAGCACCUGCCCACAAUCCCAGCACUGGGGAGGUGGCUGCCUCAGGAGAAUCAGCUGGUUGAAGCCAUCUGUAGCUACAGGAGUCAGCUUCAAAACAACAGUGACCCUUUAGGUGAUUCUUUCUAGGAAGCUCAGCCAGCUGUCUGACUGGCUUCGUCAGUCUGUUAGCUUCCUGCAGCCCCAACUGAAAGAUGUUCUAGUCUCAUGCUCUUGAACAAAUGGCCUUGCCCCACCCCUCCUGGAACCCCAGAGAGCAGGCUUGUUGGCUCCUUGCCACUCUGGACUGCCUGGGGAGCUAAGCCGGUCUGUUAUACUCCCAGACAAUGUAGUUGAGCCUGAGGAUACACACAAAAGUUGGUGCUUUGCUGGCCAGUCUUGAGCUGGGAAGCUGAGGAGGAAAUAGGAAGUCAAGCAGUGACUGCAAACUUACAUUUCAGUGGUCAGAGAUGGAGAGGAGUCUAGAAAGCAGAGAAACCACCUAAGAAGCAUAUGGAGCCUCCAGGAAAACAGCAAAGUCCCAAACAGGGCAAGUCCUCUGGACACCACCCUUCAGUUGGGCUGAGGCCGCAGGUGGCUCUUAGAACUCAUUAAGAACUUCUUGAAUGACAGACACACACACACACACACACACACACACACACACACACACACACACACACCUUAGUUUUGGUUUGAAUGGUAAUAUAAUCAAGCAAGAAAAAAAAUAAAAAUCCCAGUCUCCUAAUAUUUGAGAGGGGGCAGUCUGCACUACGGUGAUCACUGAGAUGUCAGUGGAAGCUCCUGGCUGAGGCAGGGUGGUUGGUGUGAUCGGCUUCCUUGGUCCUCAGCCCAGCAGACAUGUACAUAAGGCCUUGCAGUCAUGGAGAAAGGCGAAGAGAAUUCCUGUGCCCAUACUGGUCACCACAGCCAAAUACAGCUCCAGGUUCGGAAGAACCCACCUUACUCAUCUUUCCCCUUAAAUGUGGCCAGGCAAAAGCCAUAGCCCCAUUGUCCUGAUUCUUGGUGUGGGUCUUUUUAUGUCUUCCCACCUUGAAUAGAUGUCCGAAAAGUUUAAAUAGCUGAAGAAUUAGGGAUGAAUGUCACACAUAGGGGAGUACAUGAAGGGAGUUACCAAAACUCUUUGGGAGCAUUUACAAGAAGAAAACAGAAAUGUUACCGGUUUCUGCAGGCUCAGACUGGACAUCAGGUUGCCCUGUUUACAUUUUAGCUUUAUUUAUAAGAAAAUUUCUCAUUAGGACAUUCUUUGGACCUGGGCGGUGGAUCACAGAAUAAGAUGCUUGCUGUGUCUCACUCCAAUCCCUAGCAUACACAGAA